AUGACAAGCACCCACACGGGGAUUAUCUCAAGUUGGUAUGAUUUUGCAGUGCUUCUCGUUGUAUUUCCGGUCUGUCAUUGGGGAAAUAGCGGACACAAAGGACGAUGGAUAGGAUGGGGUGGAAUUGUCAUGGCACUCGGCUCCUUGAUAUGUGUUAUGCCUCACUGGCUCAUCAGUCCGUAUCAGCCAGAGCACUCGGAAAUGAACACAACAGAUUUUGGGCAAUGUACCCUUAGAGACCUUGAGGUCAAAACCUGUGAAAAACAACCGAUAUCGUCUUAUCUCAGUCCUUAUUUUCUACUAUUCUUACUUGGUCAAACACUUCAUGGAGUUGGAUCAACACCGUUGUUUUCCAUAGGAACCACUUAUAUUGACGAGAAUGUCUCACAGAAGGCCUCACCCGUCUAUCUAGGUAAGUUGAAAAUUCUCGUUUACAAAACUACCGUAACCAUUACUGUAGCUGUGCAUGCUGUUCUGACAUCGUUCGGACCCGUUAUUGGAGUCUUCGCCGGUGGAGCGCUCUUAAACAUCUACGAUGAUUUUGACAGAGUAGAUCAUCCCCCAAUCGCUCGAAAUGACCCGCGAUGGAUUGGUGCCUGGUGGAUUGGCUUUCUCAUAUCGUCCAUAUCCGCUCUAAUUAUUGCGUUUCCUAUCCUUGCCUUUGCUCGGGAACUACCAGAAGCAAGACAUCACAGAGCUAAGGACGUCAAUCAGGUCCACGCCGCGAACGCUGCUGAUGCCAAUGAAAAAGCUCCGAGGGAGAAAAUCCUUCGGAAUCCAACGUUCAUCGUCUGUAUCAUCAUAGGUAUAUUCGAAUCUAUCAUCAUCAACGGAUUCGCAGCAUUUAUGCCAAAAAUUCUGGAAACCUUGCUUAGUACAACACCAAUCUUUGCUUCAUAUCUAUCAUGUAAGUGUUUGUUCUGCAAUGCCGUCCUAUAUGGAGUAAUGUGACC